AGUUCAACGUGGUUCCUUCAGAAAGUGUGCUGCAUCUUCUCCAGACUUCUGCGGUGUAUGAGGAGCCAGCGACAGUAAUGAACUCAGAGCAGGAAAGGCCGUUCGUGUGCAGUGCCCCGGGCUGCUCUCAGAGGUUCCCUACAGAAGAUCAUCUAAUGAUUCAUCGACACAAGCACGAGAUGACCCUCAAAUUCCCUUCCAUCAAAAAUGACAACAUGCUAUCAGACCAGACACCGACCCCCACACGCUUCUUGAAGAACUGCGAGGAGGUAGGACUCUUCAGCGAGCUGGGCUGCUCCAUCGAGCAGGAAUUUUGCAAGGCUCAGGAGGAGGAGGACAGCAAACAGAAUAUCGCUCUUCAUGGGCAGUCAGGCCAUAACCAGCACCAGCAGCAACACUCGAGGAUGACCAAUCAUGAUAGCAGUAUUGUGAUUCAACAGGCCUUGCCCUCGCCUCAGUCCAGCUCGGUCAUCACUCAAGCCCCCUCCACCAACAGACAGAUCGGGCCAGUGCCUGGUUCACUUUCCUCUUUAUUGCACCUGAGGAACAGACAGCGACAGCCACUACCAGCAUCUAUGCCUGGAACACUGCCUGACCCCACUAUGCAAGGAUCGUCGGCUGUUUUAAUGCCUAUGGAGAGGCAAAUGUCUAUGGGCUCCAACAUGAUGGGCAUGCAGGGCCCCACCCACAGCAGCUCAUGCCCCUCACCCCAUAUCCCCCCAAUGCACUCUGAGGCGAAACUGAGACUGAAAGCUGCUCUCGCUCACCAUCCAGGGGGCAUGUCCAAUGGCAGCAUGAACUCCAUGGGUCACAUGAUGGAGAUGAUGUCAUCACGGCAGGAGCACCCUCACCACAUGCACCCUCACCAGCACAUGCAGGGUCCACCCCACGGAUACCCACACCAUGCCCACCAUCACCCCGGCCAUGCACAGAGCGCCCAUCAUCACCAACAGAACCACGGGCACCACAACUCACACCAGCCCCACCUACACCCCGCACAUGGACAUCAGACCUCUCCGCACCCGAAUAUGCACUCUGCUGCCUCACAGUUAUCUCCAGCUGCGCAGCAAAUGCAGCCAACGCAGACCCUUCAGUCGCCACCUCCCAGCGGAGGUCGUCGCAGACGGGUCAUGGACGAAGACCCCGACGAGCGCAGGCGAAAGUUCCUGGAGAGGAAUCGAGCAGCUGCCACACGCUGCCGGCAAAAAAGGAAAGUGUGGGUGAUGUCUCUGGAAAAAAAAGCAGAGGAGCUCACCCAAACCAACAUGCAACUCCAGAACGAGGUCACGAUGCUGAAGAAUGAGGUUACGCAACUGAAACAGCUUUUAUUGACACACAAGGACUGUCCCAUCACAGCAAUGCAGAAAGAGUCUCAAGGUUACCUCAGUCCAGAAAGCAGUCCGGCGGGAAGCCCAACCCCUGCAACCCAGCAGCAAGUCAUCCAGCACAAUACCAUCACCACCUCCAGCACGGCACCCAAUCACCGCACAGACAUUAACGCCAUCCAUUAGAGACUCAAACCCUUACCCAACGCACUCCCAUGCCGGACAUCCUGACUGCGGACUGUAUGGACAGACACACACCUCUGUGCCUCUAUGGCAGCUUUCUCUUCUGUAAAAUGUUUCUGUUUGUUUCAUGUUACCAUUUGAGUCAGCUAAGAAAAAGGGAAGUCUCACCCUGUUAGGAACACGGCUGAUGGGUUGUUGUGGCAACGUGAGCUCUACAUCUGUUCCUGGAUUACAACUGGACUACUGCCUUUACAAGCGAACAGAACACAAAUAGUAGUAGGAGCUGUGUUACGUGCUGUUUUUCCAUUGCCAAAAUGAUGAUGCUGUUUGUAUCCCUUUUGUUUCUGUUGGGAGUUUAUAAUAAUUGCUGUCACA